GGCCCGCCUGCCAAAAGAUCUCGAGGGCAGACCAGGUGAAGCCUACAGAGAGGAGGAGGCCAGGAGAAAAGGAAGGAAGGAGAAGACUUGGGAGAUGGCUUGGCUCAAGCUCACGUUGCCGCUUUGCUUCCUGGGGGCCCUGCUGGUUUUGCCGGCUUACUGCCAACAAGCCCCUUGCGAGGUGGUCAGGAAGACAGUGCCACAGGGCUCCUUCCGCCUGGAUGUGGAGCCUCACGAUUAUACACCCAACGACAUCUAUACAGUAUCGAUCACCGGUGCAGAGAACGCCUCUUCCGUUAUCUUCCAAAUUCUGCCUUCGGAGAACAGCGGUGGGGGGCUGUGGGAAGAGGGGAACCGGCUGGUCCGCUGCAGCCCCUCUGAGAGCCUCAUGCAGAAAAACAUCUCGGGGUCCGGCAUCCGGACACGCUGGAUUUCCUCAAGCAGCCUCAACGUUGGAUCGGCAGAAAUCAGAGCCUUCGUCACCUUUAUCAAUGGAACUACCCUGCUCCAGACCAGGACCCUGGCAAAAGGUAAUUUUCGUAGGUUCCUGGGGGAAAAAUGGAUAUUUGCAACAAUGGUUUGGUUUGGAGGUGAUUCAAAGCACUGAGCAAAGCUAGAACGUAAUUCAGUGGAGGCAGACUAACCAUGAUGCCAGCUGGAAGCUGCAUCCUCUUAGCAUCCUGCCUCAAAGUCCAGAGAUGCUCAGAGAGUACGCAAAAUUUGUGCUUUGUUGCUAUCUUUCCCCAAGAAAGCUUGGGAGGCAGGUGCAUUUUUAGGAGGCCAUCAGAAUAGUCAAGAUGGCGGGAGUAAGGGUGCAAUUGAUGCUUCAGAGCACCUAAAAACCAGGCAGAGCUUCCAUCUCACCUCACCUCGACAUCCCUCGUGAGGGUUUUCUAAAGAUGUUUGGGUUGGCAUCACCAGAACCACAACAGGACUCCCCGUUUCUCCAUUUAGCAAAAGGAUGUGGCUAAUCUUGCUUCCAUUUUUCUUUCCAGAGGCGGGUCAGCUCAAUGUCAUCGUCUUCCGUCUCCCGGCCAACCAGCAGCACCGGCAAGCCGACUCAUCUGAGCAACCCUACCGAUGGUCACCGCCACAUCAACUCCACCUCAUUCCACCAUAAUUUAGCAUCUUCCCACCAAUCCACCAAAGGACCACACAGUUCGGUCUCGGUGACCCAAGCUAGCUCGGUCCUUCUCGCCAUCCUGCAGUUUCUUUCCAUCUCUCUGGGAUACAAGCUCCUGGCCUAAGCUCUGACCCAGGUAUCAGGAGCACACCUUCCAUGUUUGCGUACAACCAGAAUUUGAGAACUAACGGACCAAUUUUCUUGGGGACCCAAUAUCCCUCCUGCAAAAGCCCCUUCCUUCCCCGUCCCCCUCCCAAUCUCUCCUUCCUGCUGAACUCAAGAGGCUGAUUCCAGAACCCGUUUCGGCAUCUGCCUUGCCUCAAUCCUACUGCAGGGGUGUCAAACUCAAUUUCAUUGAGGGCCGCAUCAGGGUUGCGUUUGACCUUGGGGAGACCAGGAUGGGUGUGGCCAGUUCAAUGUCACUCAUGUUGGGGAGGAGCCUGUGGUGGCCCAAGCGCUCUGCCAGUGAAAAUGGGCUCCUGAGCUCUGUUUCCGGCUGCGACCGCUUUCUGCAACCCUCUGCCAGCAAAAACGGAGCUCGGGAGGGCCACGUGCGGCCUUUGUGAGUUCCGUUUUCGGCUGUGACAGCCUCCUAUGACCCCUGACUCGCUGGCAGAGGCACCGCAGGCUGGUCCUUUGCUGUUUCCAGGGUGGUCCCUCAGGCCAGCUCUAAGCAUCCCAUGAGUCACAUCCAGCCUGCGGUUUGACACCCCUCUCCUACUGUAUAGUAAUUGGGGGGGUGGGGGAAAAUCCAGCUUCCAUUGUGUUUGUUCUCUCUAUGACUUCAAGGCAUAGCAAUAAACUCAACCAAUUGCUGCCUCAAUUCAGCUGCCUGAGGUAGAUUGUGUAUUUCCCUAAUAGUAAGACUGUACUGGGUCCAAAAAGUACGAAGAUGCAACUGUUAAAUUUUAAAUGCAUAGGACUACAAUCUAGGCAAAAAAUGUUCCUUAAAUAGUAAGACACCCCCCCACACACACACAGCUUCCUCUUGCAAAGUGUGUUUCCAUUCUCCAUAGCAAGAAGAAUUCCAGGGUUUGAUUUGGGGGGGGGAACAGGGGGCACAUGAGGGCCUUCGAGGCCCGGAUAAUCAGACUAAAAGGGUGAAAUCAGUGUCACAAACUGAAGAACUGGCAUUCUUCUCUCACCCACCCACCCACUCCUCAAUCCUGCAAAGAUGCUGACCGAAGCGUUUUGUAACACAGGCCCAAUCGGACAACACAACUGCUCAAAAGCUUCUCUGGGACGGUUGGGUUUGACUGCCAACUGAAAUAUCGAAAUUUGAAAAAUUCUCAAGCUAAAUUAGCUUCUUUUCAUCUGUUGGUGUGACCAAUCAUCUGGACUGUGCAUCCUUCACAAAUGCGAGACUGGAAAAAAUUCUUCCCCCCCCCCCUUUUUUUUUUUUUAAACACUUUCUGCUAUUUAAAUCCCCUGCUGGUAAGGCAUUCUCCUGUGUUAAAAAGAAAAAAAGUCUUUUUUUUCUUUUCUCCAAAAAUAACUUGGGAGCCGCUCGCUGCUACUAUUACUACUAUGUGUCUGAAGAACUAACUUGUCUUGAGAGAUUAAAAAGAAAAAGAAAAGAAAUUGGAGGAGGCCAGAAGAAACAGACGAGAAGAAGGGAUUUUGGAAGCUCGGGAGUCCCGAGGUUGGACUUCCAAAAGUUCUGUGUGUUACUGAUGUUUGUUUUUUUUUUGUACAUACUGUAUCUUUGGGAAACGUAUUUUGAAACUCCACUGUGCUUUCCAAAGCCAAUAAAAUACAUUCAUAAGA